UUUCGCAAUACUUGGAGCAGCAACAAAACAUACACAAGACUUCAUCAACUAACUUAUUUGGUCAACGAAAAAUACGGACAUUUACUCCCAACUUUUUAUACUUUUGAUGGGCAAUUGACGACACCUUAAAAAAGCAGACAAGGUAACGUCGUUGAUUUGACUCCAGUAACUCCAGUCUACAGGAGUGCGUCCAGACAGACACCCAUUCAUCCAGAGUGCCACCCAACCAGCACGCCAGUCAUAGCAGACGGACAGUGAGGCGAGCGGUCAGCAGAUCCAAACCAAAUGAGCAAGAGGUCGCAGCAGACGAUAAACACGGAGCAGAACAGGGGGACUGUUAGUGUGAUCCAGGGCCAGGCUAGUGGAGCACCAACAACAUCAAGACCACCAGGAGGAAGCUUACAGCUGGUACCCCAGCUAGUCCCUGCGACCCCAGCCAGAGGAGGAGGAGGAGGCAAGGCCAAGAUGAAGAAGACUUCGGGGGACAAGGACAGUGACGAGUACCGUCAACGGCGGGAACGGAACAACCUGGCGGUGAAGAAGAGCAGGAUGAGAUCCAAGCAGAAGGCCCAGGACACGCAGCAACGCGUCAACGAGCUGAAAGAGGAGAACGAGAGGCUGGAGGCGAAGAUCAAGCUGCUCAGCAAAGAGCUGUCUGUCCUCAAGGACCUCUUCCUGGAACACGCCCACAACCUGGCCGACAACGUCCAAGCGCCUGGCGCGGAGGCGGCCAGCCCCGCCCACAACAACAACAACAACAAUGGGGCGUGUAACAACAACAACAAUAGCCAGUGAGAAGAGGGCAGGGACAUGAAAAAUGAUACCUCAUGGUUGAGGUAUGGCACCCUAUUUCCCCAUAGGGCCCUGGUCUAAAGUAGUGCACUAUGAAGGGAAUAGGGUGCCAUUUUGAGUCAACCAGGGUGAAUGGUAAAUAGACAGCUCGCCACAGCUUCUUAACCAUACUGGGGUUUCUUCCUUUGGCUCCUCCCAGAGAUGAUAUAUACUGGCAGAGAGGUUUCACUGUUGUCGUCUUUGUGCGUUCGGAUUGGUUCACAAUGAUGAGAUUUCUUCCUUUUUAAGAGUUUCGGGUCAGGAAUUGUCCACUUUUUUUUUUUUUUACAAUUUGGAGACAUUUCUAAAGAGACCCUGUUGUGUCACAAUAUAAACUCUUCACUAGUUAAGAUGAUGUGUGGUUGAGGGGGGAAAGUAUAUAUUUUUUUUUUCUUUUGGUUUCUUGUUUCCUUUUUAAAAGAAUGUUUGGUGAGCUAGCUACCAUUUUGUCUGGCGUUUGUAGUAUUGACAUUUCACUACGGUUGAAGUUCAUCAGAAUGAUGCCUGUUUUAAUUUUUUGGAUGCGUCUGUUGGCUUCGGAUAUGCACACGUUGUACAUUUUAUUUUUAAAUAUAUAUAUAUAUUUUUUUGUUGUUGUGUCCUAAUCGAAUGGCUUUACUUCUGCUUUGAGCUGUUUUGGGUAGAAGAGGACUGUAAAUAUCAAGAGUCAAAUACAAAGAGGGUAGGAUAGGAUUGGACCCAAAGCCUAACUUUUUUUUUUUAAAUCAGAACGCUUAAAACUUAUUUUUUUCUUUUGCUCAAGACGUGUUGUGGUGUUGACGUCAAAUGGGAGUUUUUCAUAAUCUCGAGUUAGGUUUCAGGCCUGUGUGAGAUACAGUCAGUCGCUGUGUUUUAUUUAGCUCCAACAGGCCUCAGACCAGCCCUUCCAGUCAGAGACCCAGAUCGACAGAGGUGGCGUCUCAAACAGCGCCCUGUUCCCUAGACGGUGCACUAGUUUCGACCCCUAUGUGGCGCCGGUCAAAAGAAAAGGUACAACUGUAGUUCGCUAAAUAAGGAAUUAGGGUGCCAUUUGGGAUACAGGCUGGGGGGGGGGCAGCAGAGGUGUGUUCGCAGUUAAGGAGUAUCCCAGCCCAGACUAGACAGCCCAGACUAUCAUGCAACCUCCGUGGGAUUAAACUCCAGACGUUUCGCACGGCGUCACAGGCCGCUGCUGAUUCAAAGUUAAGCCUUUCUCCAAACCCUAAAACCUGGAGAGAAAGACAAAACAACAGGACAAUGAGCCAUUCUGUCUGUCUGGGCGUUGGGGAUGCUAAAUGACCUCCUAAUUGGCCCCGGCUCGCUAGAACAGAGCGAGGCACGUUGGCUCCCGCCUCCAGUGGUGUCAGGCUCAGUCAGAGGCUCAGUCAGAGGCUCAGAGUCAGAAUGUGUAGAGAGAAAGGCAGACACACCUGAUUAUUUUUUUUUGUGUGUGUUUUGUUUCUGUUUUGUUUCUGUUGACUUGAGUUAUUAUCCAGCUGUAGGAUUGUCUCCUCUGAAACAAUGGCAUAUUCUGAUGUGAUGAUGAUGAGGAUGAUGUGUAUUUGGCCAGAGUCGACGACGUUGAGUGUCUGUGAUUUAUAGGAUGCGUCCCCAAUGGCACCCUGUCCCCGAUUUUUUUUUUUUUUUUUUUAAGUGCACUACUUUUUGAGUAGAGCCUUGUCAACAGGCAGUGCACUAUAUAACAUCUAGGGUGUCUCUUGGCUGUUGUAGACUUCUGUACCUCAGGCUACCAGUAUAAGCCACACCAGACCGGGCCUUUUUCUUUCUCAGACCUCUGAAGCUUCUUUUCAAUCGUUUUCUUUUCUAAUCUUUUGUUUUUCUACAACUUGGAUUUUUAAAAAGCAGCAUGAUGGAAGUGGUUUGCAUGGGGGGGGGGGCGCACUGUUCAAAUAUGUCUUCUUUUUUUUGCACUACAAAAAAGAGAACAUAGCAAAUAUGAAACCAUUCUCUUCAACAUGUUGUGCUGUGUUGUUGAAGAAGAUCACACUAAAAUUCAAUAGAAAAAUAUUUUGUAAAAAAAAAUGUGACAAAUUUGAUAAAUAUUUCCAUGAAUAUUUGUUUUUGUUUUGAAUGUUGCUGGGCAGCAUUUUCUCUAGACUUGCUCUUUUUUUAUAAGAUUAUAUUGGGGUAACGUGCAUUUGUAAAUUAAAAUUGAGUACAAACUUUCAACCAA